AUGACAGCGCCCUGUACACUACGGAAGCCCUGGACCGACGGCAUUUCUGACAUCGAGACCCGUUCUGGAUUUAAUUUUCGCCUUUUGGCUUUUGUAUCCGAAGAUCCGAAGAUGCCUCUCAAUCUGGAAGUUGUAUCCCGCGAAGAAGAAGAAGAGCAUCCAGAGCAAUUGUUAAUCGGAAUCGACUGGCUCUCACUCACACCAUCGACAGCCGAGAAGCUAAUUACAGAAUGGCUCAACGGACUGGUAGCGAAUCUGAGCACGCCGGACUUCCUAGGCCCGCUCAGAAUCCAAUCGAUCGACUUUGGAGAUAUUGCGCCCGAGGUCGAGAUCGUUGACAUCCGGGACGUCAGCCGAGGCUUCCGCAUUGCCGAUGGGGAGAGUCAUCCAUCGAGCUCGCCGGAGUGUUCCUCCGCGCCGACGAUCAAGCCGGACGAGGACGGCCACUCCCAACUAUCGUUGCAGAUCCAUCUGCGACUGACUAAUGACGGCAACCUCCGUCUCCGAUUCUCCACCGCCCUUGUUUUCAACCAUCCUGCGGCCGAGUUCAUGAGUCUACCGCUCAGGGCAACCGUCGUCGGGGUCGGAUUUGAUGCCGAGAUCAUCCUGGCCAUCCCAGGUGACCGCUCCAAGUUCCAUCUCAGCCUCCUCGAACCGCCUCACUCUGAACUCCCGCUCUACGAGGAUAGUGUCGAGAAUGGCGGCAAACGUAAUAGCUCGAUCGGCGCGCGUAUCCUCCCUCAUCUCUUCGUCGAGACUGAGGUCGGUAAUGCCGAUCGUCACGUGCUCAGAAACGUCGGUAAGGUCGAAAGGUUUUUGACUGAAACUACUUGGACCUUGAUCUGCGAAGAAGUCCUCUAUCCUACAUUUCAAACGUUCGAAUGGAACAAAUGAGGAUAUGAAUUCAUCUGCAGAAUUC